AUGGCCACCCUAGCGACUCCUAUCUCAGUGCCUCCCGUCCCAGUGCGUCCCAUAUCACGAACGCCUUAUGAAGCUAUGACAGAUCCUGUCAUGACUACCUUUCUGAAAGAGGAGGUAAACCCCAAUACUAGGAAGGAUGGAGAUAUGGACGGUACAAGUGCCUGGUCGAACACUGAGGCAGACGAUGACAAAAAGCACACCGAAGAGGGUAAAUUCAACCUGGAUGCUAAACCCAUCGUCAGUUUUUGUGACUGGAAGAAGUUUAAGAACCGCUUUCGAUGCACUGGUGAGCCAUCCGACUUUGUCGUGGACACAGUCGAGGUGUUGCUCCAGACCGACGACCUCGAGAAGAUGAUCAAUACAGAGGAGCAUAGACGCAUGACCAAAGAAAUGAAAAAGGAUGACAUGUCGAGGCUUCUACUUCCGCCACUAAAGUUCAAAACCAAGACAAAAACGAGCGAGCUGUCGUUUGCUCGGAUCCGCAUCAACUCCAGCAUCGUACUAGCACAUCUUGCAAAGAUAAGCGGGAACACUUCAUGGUCGAUGCUUUUACCCAUGACUUUCGGGCACCCCUUUGCCUUCUUUACCCACCAUCAGAAAAGCAUGAAGGCUCUGUUGGCAGAUCUUGAAGCGGAGCUGAGUAAUGGUAGCGACGCCUCAAAUCAGCCCGAAGAUCUCAAUGAUGAAGCACUUGGCGAUGUUGGCGAAGACCUGUCGGCAACACAGCGAAGAGCUCUUGUCGCCUCCAUGCGAACCAAAAAGGCCAGCGAGCAGGUCAGGUGCUAUGUUGAGUUUGUUGAAAAGGAAUUGAUGCCAUAUUACCAGAGAUUUGAGCAGGCGAGUCACCAGAAGCCAAUGAAGAUCCGAUUCGACGAUCUGUGGUCGUUGUUCCGUUAUGGAGAGUUGGUCUGUCUCAAGCAUAACAAGUUGUCUGGCCAGCAAAAGGACAAUGGCAAAGCAAAACAGUCUCAAGAUGAUGAUGAUGAUGAUAUUGAUAAUGAUGACGACGAUUUAUUACGGCAGCCCCGGGAGAAUUUGAAACCCCUGACGGAGGCGGCGUUGGAGGACGACUCUGUGCCGGGUGAGGGUUAUUCUGUUCUACGUCUCUGCUGGAUUCAGCUGCCAGAUCGAGCCUGGAGAAUUCGAGACAUUGAUGGGGUUCGUCAGCAUCGGUCUCAAAUAAGCGAAGAGUUUCGAUUGCGAGGUUACCGCCUCGUUUUCGAUGGGCCAAAAUACGCCCCGCUGGGGAUGUCGGCUCAGAUCAAGCAUUUCCAUGGGGAGAAAGAUAUCCAUAAACUCCCAAUAUUCCCUAUACGCUUUCUCAAAAGCGAAGAAACUCUACUCAAAGAUUUGCGCGAUAGGGGCGAGUUGUUCCGCCGACUCAUCUCCAACGCUGCAUCCGGGAGCAAAGCCAUGGCUUACGAUGGAUGGACCUCCGGAAGCAGGCCCCAUUGGUUUCGCGAUUCGGAAUACCUUGAAAGUGACAUGAUCAUCGAGACACAGGAAGCUCCUGCAAGCAACCUAAAUGGAAGGUGGCCGCCCGGACCCCGUGCCUUUGACAUCAAAUACGACACCACGACCACAGAUAUCUACGAUAAAUUUGAGAUACUAUACUGGGCCGCAGGAGAUGAUCCCAAGAUUGUCGGGAAAACAGGUGAAGUCUUUGUAAUGAACGAAGGCGUAGACGCAGACCUGUGGAAUGCAAUGGUGGCAAAGGACCCCUUCAUCCGGACCCACAAGAGCUACACGACCAUGGCGAAGAGCCAGACCUUCACUGAUGACGACCUGGUGCUGCUUCCUCAACAGGUCAUGGCGUACGCCUUGAGGCAUCGCAAGUUUUUUAUGGCAGACAUGAGAUAUGUUCGCGAGAUCCCCUGGCCGUCUGAGAAAGAAGAUCCCUUUAGACUCCUUCGGAUAGACGACAAUUACAAGAGCAUGAUACUCUCGGUCGUCAAUGAGCAUUUCAGGCUGAAAGAGUUAGUCAAAGACAUGCGACGGCGAGCAAUCUCAAGUGGACAGGAUGGAAGUACCGUCGGCCUUCCGGGACAGGAUUUUAUCAGAGGUAAAGGUCAGGGCCUCAUAAUCCUGCUUCAUGGGGCUCCAGGUGUUGGCAAAACGGCAACGGCCGAAGCUGUCGCAAUGUACUGCAGAAAACCACUUUUCUUAAUCACAUGCGGCGAGCUUGGUACCACGCCCGAUGCGGUCGAGAAAAGUCUCAAAGAGAUCUUCCGCCUAGCAGACUUGUGGGAAUGUAUACUGCUCCUCGAUGAGGCCGAUAUAUUUUUGUCCCAGCGGGAGAGGGGAGAUGACAGCAUCAUGCGGAACGCAAUUGUCAGCGUUUUCCUUCGCACCCUGGAAUAUUAUCCCGGUAUACUUUUCCUAACCACGAAUCGAGUCGGAGUCAUGGACGAAGCAGUCAAGUCCCGGGUGCACUUGAGUCUGCACUACCCGGCCCUUGAUCUCAAGGACACUCGCAGCCUCUUCAAGAUAAACAUAGACAGGCUUAAGAAGAUCGAAAAGGAACGGGCCAAAGCCAAUCUAGCCAGGUGCGGCUCCUCCAGCGCCGAUGGCAACUACGGACAAGUCCAGGGCGAAAUGGUGGUCCGAGAGGACGAGAUCCUGGCAUUCGCGAAGGAGCAUUUUCUAAGAGACGAGAGCGCUCGGUGGAACGGGCGGCAGAUUCGCAAUGCGUUCCAGAUAGCCGCGUCACUGGCUCGCUAUGAGCAGCAACAUAUGCCCACGGGUGAAGCUAGCAGCGGCGUUAAGAACCAAGUGAGUGUCAAGGACCGAAGAGUCUCUCGAAAUAGCCGCUCAAAUAAGGACGACGACGACGACAACGACGACGACGAACACAGCGGAGGACGUGACGAUCUUUUAGGUUCUCCCUUCAUAGGCAAAAAGCACUUCAAGAGGGUUGAGCGUGCUACGGCUGAGUUCGAGCGUAUGAGACAGAAUAUGUACAGGAGCACGGACGACCAGAUGGCCUAUGAAAAGAUGGAGAGGCCUGCCGCCGAGUACCCGAAUUCCUACCUGUCUCGAGGUGGCCCUCCCGCUGCGGCGAAGCCCCGUCCAUGGGAUGAUCACAACGUAGGAAAUGAACAUCUUGGCAGCGGUGCUGGUGGCGGCGGUAGUAGGGAGACCAGAGGCUAUCGCAGAAAUGAUGAUGAUGACUACAGCGACGGGGAAGACAUUUCUGGUUUGGGAAGAGGAGGCGGUAGAGGGCAAUACAGAGCAAGUCGCCGCAGGUACGGAAACCAGGGAGAGCGGGAUAGUGAGCUUGGGCAGCGCGAUGACGAUUACGGCAAAGGGCGCGAAGCAAACAACAGAAGACGGGAUCACCGGCGAGAAUAUGGGAAUCGGCGUGAUCAGCACCGCAAUAUGCAAGAUUACAACAGCGACGAUGACUCUGAUUAUGACCGCCGGCGGAGAUCUUUCUCUUCAUCGCGUCCUCGAAUGCGUAAGGAGGGCGGACAGCAGCGGCAACAAUCGGCGACGACUGAGGCUUCGCGGACUGGAUCAAGGGGACCACAACCACGGGGGAGCAAGGGCGCCGAUAGAAGGUCUGGAAUGCGAGGAGCAGCGAAGUCUAGCGGAAAUACAUAUGAUUCGGACAAGGAUAGAGGUGACCAGUUGGAGGCUGGUGAUUCUCAAGAGAGCGCCGAGGAGGAGGACCGCAGAAAGGGUUCCGGGAGGAGUCGUCGAUGA